UAGAAAGAUGCACUGCAGAGCAAUUUCAUGUCUAGUGAUCAGUAUAGUCUGUUGUGCAGCGCUGGAACAGCGUCCAUCUGGGAAGAGUGGUUGGACUGGGAAGCUGUUAGUGGUACCAAUGGAUGGAAGUCACUGGACGGGAGUAAAGGCCGUGGCAGAAGAGAUGGGACGCAGAGGUCACACAGUGAUUGUCGUGAUACCAGAGAUCAGCAUGUAUUUGGGUCCAGGCAAACACUACAUCACAAAGACGUUUCCGGUCCCAUAUGGGCAAGAUUUAAUCAACCAAAUGAUGGUGGAACAUGUUCGUGAAUUGACAGCACCAGGGCAGUCCCUACUGAAGAGUGUGACUUCAAAGGUGGUCCAUUUGAGAAAGGUUUUUAACUGUAUGGACUCUACAACUGAAAGUCUGUUCAAGAACCAUGAGCUUAUAGAGUUUCUGAAAGAGCAAAACUUUGAUGCUGUUUUAACUGAUCCUGCCCAUCCAAUGGGGGCCAUAUUGGCAUAUAAUCUUUCCGUACCUGCGGUGUACAUGUUAAGGGGAAUGCCGUGUGGUCUCGAUGCUGCGGCCACAGCCUGUCCGAGCCCUCCUUCAUAUAUCCCACGUUUCUUGACACAAAACUCAGACCGCAUGUCUUUUGGUCAGCGCACAUUGAACCUUCUUAAGAGCAUGCUGGAACCACUGGAGUCUAAAUUUAUUUACUGCCCAUUUGAGAAGUUGACAUCCAACUUCCUGCAGAGAGAUGUGAGCCUGACUGAGAUCCUGAGCACUGGAGCUGUCUGGUUGAUGCGGUAUGAUUUUAGCAUGGAGUUCCCCAAACCCCUGAUGCCCAACAUGAUUCUGAUAGGAGGUAUUAACUGUGAAAGUAGAAAACCCACUGACAAUGGUGAGCACAGUGGCGGAGCCAGGAUUUUUUCAUAGGGGUGGCCAGGCAGGGGCCAGCAACCAGUCCGGGGUGGCACAGAAGUAUUCAUUAUUUCAACAUAAAAAUGAGUCUGACUAUAAUGUACUUGACUUUGCAAUUUAGAUAGUGAAUUAGAUCAUGGAAUGCUGAGUGAAUUUGACAUUUUUUUUCUUUUCUUUUUUUUUUAGUUUUUAAUCAUUCCUCACUUGCAGCCAUAUUAAUAAAGGGGCUCACACUAUAGCUAAAUCUCAACUUGUUCAGUCAGUUCUGGUACUCAAAACUCCCAAUAGCUUGUUCUCCAUUGUUGCAUCUCCAUGGAUGAGACAUGCAGAUAACUACAUACUGUACUUCAAAGAUUAUUCAACCUUCAUUGAAUUUUAUGUAUAAUCAAUGAACUUAAACAAUUCUCAGUUUGUCUGUUUCAAAAAGUAACCAAAAAAGUAAACACUAAAUGUUUAACUUUCUAUAUUGUCAAAAUAAAUAACUGCAACAGUUCUAUCAUACCCAAAUUAAACUCAGUACAAAGAAGAAGAAAAAAGUGUUCUCUUCUGAAUUCCCAUUUGCUGAUGAGGAAGCGGAAAUCAACAGCACAUAUGCCAAAAUUUAAAAUUAUUAGUCUAUGCAUUUAAAUGUGAUACAUUUUUGUUUGUACUUUAUAAAUUAACAAAAUUAGCAUCUUCUAGUACAAAUGCACAGUUCUCACAUUUAUUUAUGCAUUAAAAAAUUACAUAUCAGCUUGUGCCUAUUGUGAUCUCACAUAGCAGAAUAUUUUAGUCCAGAGACAUUUGGCAUUUUAUAUAUAAUAGGCCUACAUACAUGCAUGCACAGUUUUAACGCAGCUUUAAUCGCCUUUUUGGUUAUUUCAUGACUUAAUAGACGACAGAACUACGACGUUGCAUGCUCGUAGUUUCUUUUGCGCUUUAUUUAUAGUGAGUAAUAUACAGCGCGCCAUAUUUGCGCGUGAUUGAAAAGUGCGCGGUCUUGCGACCCACCAGUUGAGAAACAUUUAUGUAAGUUAUAUAUAAUGUUCGCUGUUCACUGUUGUUCUUCUGAAGCUUAUUCGGUACCUGAAUCAUUUCCGCGCGCGUUUGACUUGCGCCUGGCGCUGAGGCGAAGUGUGCGCGUCUGAAAAGUCUCCCGUUUUUUAUGGUCUUAACGAGACGGUUCUGCGUUUAGUCCUUGUCAACAAAAAAGUAGACAGAAACAGCAGUUUUGAGCGGGGUGGCCAAAGGGGUGGCCAAGCUUAGGCCAAGGGUGGCCACGGCCACCCCUGGCCACCCCCUGGCUCCGCCCCUGGGUGAGCAUCGUCUUUAUGCUCCUCACAUGAUACACUAAUGCUACGACAAGAAACGGACUAAAUGAGGUAAAAAGGUCAACUUUUCAGACCAGGAUAAAUGUUUUAGAAUGAAGAAUGGUCAUGACUUUCAGGACUCAUAUUGUGUGAUUUUAAACUAAGUCAAAGUCAAUACAUUAUCUGCAGGUGAACCCAGGCUGGAAAGAGUGACAAAGUAGAGCCCUGUGCGGGACUGAUUUCCUUAACCCGCACCCGCCCGCUCCCGCAACCCGCGUGUUCCACUCCCGCCCGCGCCCGCAAUGUUUGUGUCCACUCCCGCCCGCUCCCGCGGACUUUCUCUCAGAGCUUGUGAAAACAGGCCUAAACAAAUACUCUCAGACUAAAUUCGUUCAAGUUAACAUCCAGAAUAACAGACUUUAAACAUGAUUGCGUUUAUAAGAAAGUAGCCGCAAAAACAAAGCACCACACGUGAUAAAAACAUUGGGUAUUUUUCUUUAUUAGCGUUAUAAAACGUUAACCGUUAAAACAAAGCCACAACUAGCGGCACCUCAGUUUUUGAACGCAGGCUAGGCUACUGCAUACACACUCACCGAACGAUUAACUAAACAAGCAGUUUAAAUAACAGUUUAAGUAAAUAAGCCAAAGCACAAAACGAAAUAACUUUAACUUAUUAAAUAAACACCUGUACAUAGGACUUACAAAGUAGACUAGAUGUAGCCUACUUUAAACAAAUUAAAUAUAAAACGAAAUAAAUAAAAUAAAUAGAAUGCCUUAACAGGCUAUUGCAAAAAAGAAAAUAAAUUAAUACUAAUAAAUAAAUAAAAAUAACGUAGCCUACUUAAACUAAUGAUCACUGGGCCUUGCAUUAGGCUACUUAGUCCAGGAAAAGUAUAUUGCAGACUGACUGCGGUCGCAGACUUGUGCGUCUUUCUUCCAUGAUCCGCCCACACAUACUGAAUGCCCUCUCUGAUGGUGCACUAGAUCAUGCGAGAAUGCUCAAAAUAAAACGCGCGAAUUUUAAGAAUUGUUUCCAAGUGUCUGAAUUGUCUUGCUUUGCUUUUGUCAUUAAAGAGCCGCUUUAAUUUUCCUCUCAACUUCAUUUGUUGACCGCUUCUAUUACUCGCCAAAUUCCACCAUUCCCCGCGGGUCUCCCGCAAAGUUUUCUGACCGCCCACUCCCGCCCGCAGCAAAGGUAAAACCGCCCGCUCCCGCGAGAUUUGCGUUGGGUCCCGCGGGAGCCUAAACCCAAUGCAGCCCUCUAUGACAAAGGUCCUGGGAUCUCAGCCAUAUUAUUAACAAAAAAUGAAUUGGACUCUGUAUCUACGUAAU